AUGGCGUCCAGACGGAGUCUUGUGGCCGCUGCGCUGGCCCUUCUUCCCCUUGUUCAUGCGCAGAAUCCUGGUGCAGCUGAUGCCGGAAACCCCAAGCUGACCACGUACAAGUGUACCACAGCUGGAGGUUGCGUGAAGCAGGACACCUCCGUGGUCAUUGAUUGGAACUACCACUGGAUUCACACUGCCAACGGGUAUGAUUCCUGCACCACGUCGUCUGGCGUAGACAGCAGCCUGUGUCCCGAUGCGGCCACCUGCGCUCGGAACUGCGUGAUUGAGCCGGCCAACUACACCAGCGCUGGUGUGGCGACCUCGGGUGACACCCUCACCAUGCAUCAGUACAUCAAGAGCGACGGUGAAUAUGUCAACGCCUCGCCUCGCCUGUAUCUCCUCGGCUCCGAUGGCGACUAUGUCAUGAUGAAGCUGCUGGGCCAGGAGCUCACCUUCGAGGUUGAUCUCUCCACACUCCCCUGCGGUGAGAACGGCGCCCUCUAUCUGUCCGAGAUGAGCGCCACGGGCGGCCGCAAUGAGUACAACAAGGGCGGUGCCGAGUAUGGGUCGGGCUACUGCGACGCCCAGUGCCCCGUGCAGACCUGGAAGAACGGCACGCUCAACACCAACGGCUCCGGCUUCUGCUGCAACGAGAUGGAUAUCCUCGAGGGCAACUCGCGUGCCAACUCAUUCACUCCCCAUCCAUGCAGUAGCACUGACUGCGACAAAGGCGGCUGCGGCUUCAACCCUUAUGCUCUGGGUCAGCAGAACUACUGGGGCCCCGGCGGCACCGUCGACACCUUCAAGCCUUUCACGGUCACCACUCAGUUCAUCACCAGUGAUGGCACCCAGACAGGCACUCUCAAGGAGAUCCGCCGCCAAUACAUCCAGAACGGCAAGGAAUGGUGCACCUCCGGCGCCAGCUUUGGCGGGCUGACCACCAUGGGCCAGGCGCUGGGCCGCGGCAUGGUCCUUGCCUUCAGCAUCUGGAACGACAACAGCCAAUUCAUGAACUGGCUUGACAGCGGCAGCAACGGACCCUGCAGCAGCACUGAGGGUAACCCGGAUCUGAUCAAGGCGCAGAACCCCACCACCCACGUCGUCUUCUCCAACAUCCGCUGGGGUGAUAUUGGCUCGACCUUCUCCAACCCUGGCGGCUCCAGCUCUUCCUCAACCACCAGGAUUGUGACCAUCACCAAGCCUACCACUGUCUUCCCUACUAGCACGAAGACGACAACCAUCCAGGCUCCAACGACGACCACCACCGCCAGCGGUGCCACCCAGACCCAAUGGGGCCAGUGUGGUGGUCAAGGCUGGUCUAGCCCGACCGCAUGUGCGACACCUUAUACUUGCCAAGCCCAGAACGCAUGGUACUCUCAGUGUGUGUAA